AUGGAUAGUAUUAACACUUGCUUAUUCUUAUUGAAUGGAAAAAGUGAUAAAGAAAGUGAAUGUACUAAAGAUGAGCUUAAUGAUUCUAUAGAUUUGUAUAUAGACUCAAAGAUAAGUGAAAUGGAAAGACGAGUUGUGAAGUAUUUACAUGACAAAGGAAUAUAAACAAAAACUGAUCCUGAAUUAAAGUAAUAACAAUAUUGGAAUCAAAGAAGGAUUGAAAGUAACAAACAAUUAGAAUAAUUUUGGAGUCAACCAAAGUUAUCAUUGAAUUCUUCUGUUAGUAGAUUAUUAAGUGGGAAAGAAUCUUCAUUUAGCAAAUAUUUUCAUAAGAGUGGAAACUCUCUUUAAACAUUCCUAACUUCCUGA